AUGCGUCUCUCGGGCUCCGUUACUGUUUCGCUCGCCGCGUUGGCGAGCGCUCACCCCGGUUCCACGGUCAAGCGGCAAGCCUCACAGCUCCGUGAUAGUUACGACUUUGUCAUCGUUGGCGGCGGGACUAGCGGCCUCACCGUGGCUGACCGUCUUACAGCAGCCUUUCCCAAGAAAACCGUUCUUGUCGUCGAAUAUGGUGAGAUUGAGUUUGGGCCUGGUAACUUUGACCCGCCACCAACCACACCCGCAAGCCAGUGGAAAGUCACAUCGCUGCCAAACCCUGAGGUAAACAACAAGACCGCUCUCGUCAGCCUUGGUCAGGUGGUUGGCGGGAGCACCGUCGUCAACGGCCAGUUCCUCGACCGCGGGUCGCGUUUUGAUUACGACUCGUGGCAGGCACUCAAUAGCCAGGGAUCUACCGGUGUCAACUGGAACUGGGACACCCUAUUCCCGUAUUUCAAAAAGGUAACAGCAACCUUCUGUGUUUUGAAACCCGUGUUCUUACUCUCAACUCUUUCCUAUUCCCUGAUCUGUUUCCGGCAUUUGCUAAAACUUUGUCAGAGCGUCACACUCACAGAGCCAUCAACCGAGCUAGUUGAGGACUAUGGUUAUACUUGGGAUGUUUCGGCCUACGGCGGCUCCACCCCCGUCUACGCCACCUACCCCCCCUUCCAAUGGGCUGACCAGCACGUUAUGUGGGAUACGUACAAAGAGCUGGGUGUCCAAGAACCCAAAGAAUGUGCCAACGGUAACAAGGAAGGCAUUUGCUGGGUGCCUACCACGCAACAUCCCGUGACUGCGCUUCGCUCUCAUGCCAGGCUUGGCCACUACGCUGCUGUCAUCGACACCAGGCCCAACUACGACCUUCUCGUGAAGCACCAGGGCGUCAGGGUUGUGUAUCCCAAGAAAGCUAGACGCAACGCUGGCCCGCCGAUUGUUGAGGUCCGAUCACUGGCUGAUGACAACCUGUUUAACGUGACAGCCAAGGCCGAGGUUAUCAUCUCAGCCGGUGCCAUCCACACACCUACUGUUUUGAUGAGAAGCGGCAUUGGCCCGGCGUCAGUGCUGGAGUCCGCGGGCAUCCCGCUUGUGCUCGAUCUCCCCGGUGUCGGCUCCAACUUCCAGGACCACACUGGGCCGUCCGUCUCAUGGAACCUCACCACACCCGGCGACUUCCACCCGGUCCCCAGCGCCAUGGACGACACCGCGUUCGCCGCCGACGCAGCGGCGGGCUUCAACGAGACCCCCUCGCGCGGCCCCUACACGCUCGCCCUGGCCAACAGCGCCGCGUACGUCUCGCUCCCCCACCUUGCCCCCUCCAACCACGGAUCCAUCAUUACCAAAAUCCGCGCCAUCGCCGCCGACGCCGCCCUCGCAGCAUCCUACCUCCCGCCAGACCACCGCACCUCCACCCCCAUGAUCGCCGGCUACCAAGCCCAGCUCUCCGCCCUCGCGGACCUUCUCGCCAACGCGCAAUCCCCCAGCAUCGAAUCGCCCUUCUGGACCGGCGCCUCCGCCUCCGCCAUCCUCCUGCACCCCCUCAGCCGCGGCACCGUCCGCCUCGACCCCGCCAACCCCCUCGCCCAACCCAUCCUCGACUCCCGCGCGGGCACCAACCCCGUCGACUUCGACCUGCACCUCGCACACGUGCGCUUCCUGCGUCGGGCCGGCGCCACCGCCACGCUGCGCCGCUACGGCGCCGUCGAGGUCGCGCCCGGGGCCGCGGUGGAUGAUGCCGAUGACGACGCGCUGCGCGCGUUUGUGCGCGACUCCGCGUCGCUGUCGUUUAAUCACCCGUGCUGUACGGCGGCGAUGCUGCCGGAGGAGAAGGGGGGGGUUGUGGGCACGGAUCUCAAGGUGCAUGGGGCUGGGGGGAGGUUGCGGGUGGUGGAUAUUAGUGUUCUGCCGCUGGUGCCGGGGUCGCAUUUGAUGGCGACGGCGUAUGCGGUUGGGGAGAGGGCGGCGGAGUUGAUUAUAAGGGAGUGGAAGUGA